CAAAUAUUUAAUUGUUUCUUCUAUAUUAAUAUAUAUGUUACAUACAGUUAAAAAUUUAUCCAUAUAUUUUUUAUUAUUUUUAUUAGUUAAAUGUAUCCAUUCUGAAUAACUCACAUAAUAAUACAUUAUUUUAGAUAAUAUUUUAUCGAUAUUGAAGUACGUUUUUCUCUAGAAUUUGAGGAUAUGCGUAUAUAUUCUAUCUGACUCUAUCAACAUGAUUAAUUGAAUCAGAAAAGUAAAAUCGCGUGAUCAAAAUUUGAGCGACACGAAGUAAAAUUUACAGAACAGAAAACUACUUUUUCAAACAUUAACCUCUUAAAUAAUAAUAUUAGAUGUAUAUUUGUUACCGUUUAAAUGUACUAUAUUUAGUCAAAUAGUUUAAAUAUUUUCUAUAGUGAUAUCCCUGCAAAUCAUAAUUCACUAACGACUGCUAACCAAUUCCUAGAGCCGUUGCACAUCUAUCACGUGACCAAGUUUGUUUAUAACCGCAAUUAUGCAUUACAACUGUAAUUCCUAGUGAUUCAACUUUGUGUAUAUGUACAUGUAUCACGGAUGUGUACAUUGCAAAUUCAGUUAUAUGUAUCUAUAUAUAUAUAUAUAUAAAACAAAUAUUUCUGUAUAUAUUUGAUAAGUUUUAAUUGCCGAACCAUGAAAUGUUUUCCUUAUUAUUUUAUUGAGUAAUUACAGAUAUUUGUUAAUUUAAGACAUUUGUUAAUUUAAUUGUGUUUAAGCUAUACGAUUAUAUACCAUCAAUUUGUAAUUUCAAGUAAUGUAAUUAAGUUUAAAAACAAAAACAUUUUCAAAAUAAAUACAUGUAUUAAAUUACACAUGUUACAAUGGAUUCGUAUAUAAUGCAGAUCAGACGUAUGUGGUUGAAUCAGGACGGCGAUGGUUUAGCGGAUUUAUUGUCUUUACGGCAUAAUCAUGUUUCAAUUCCACAAAUUGGAUCUGAAACUGCAAUAGCAAAAGCAAUGGAACAUUUAUCUGCUCCACUUGAUGACUUAGUACUUUACCACUUAAAAACUAUAACAACAAUACAUAAAGAUGACCCAUUGUCUAUGUAUAAUUAUCAAAGUUCUGCAGUUCAAUCUUUGACAAAGAUUCUUCAAAUGCAAAAGGAAGAAAAUUGGAUGUUGCCUGUUAUGAACGUAAUGUGUUUAGAAUUACGGUUAUUAGCAGUUUGUGCAGAGAAUACAAGAUCCAGCAAAAAUAUGAAGCCUGGAGAAAUUUUGGAGAAAUGUGCAGAUUGUCUAAUGGGAUGUUUUCGAGUAUGUGCUUGCGACAAUCGUAGCUCAGAAGAUGAUACAAAACGAUGGGGAAUGCUGGCAUUAGUUAACCAAUUAUUAAAAAUUUAUUUUAGAAUAAAUAAAUUGCAUUUAUGUAAACCUUUAAUAAGGGCAAUAGAAUCGUCCCCAUAUAAAGCACAUUUUGCAUUAGCACAACAAAUUACUUAUAAAUUUUUCGUGGGCCGUAAAGCAAUGUUUGAUAGUGAUUACAAAGCUGCUGAUGAAUAUCUUACUUAUGCUUUUGAACAUUGUCAUAAACAAUCUUCAAAAAACAAACGAUUAAUUUUAACUUAUCUUGUGCCAGUGAAAAUGUUAUUAGGGUAUAUGCCUAAACAUAACUUAUUAGAAAAAUAUAACUUAAUGGAGUUUGGAGAAUUAAUGGAAGCUGUUAAGAGAGGAGAUUUAUGCAAUCUUGAAAAAGUGAUGGAAAAACACGAAUUAUUUUUUAUAGGAGCAGGAAUAUAUUUAAUUGUGGAAAAAUUGAAGAUAAUAGCAUACAGAAAUUUAUUUAAAAAAGUGUAUUUAGUAUUAAAUAUACAUCAGAUUCCUAUUCAACAUUUACUUUCAGCAUUGGAAAUGCAAGGAAUUGAUGAUGUUGAUAUGGAUGAAGUAGAAUGCAUCGUGGCAAAUUUAAUUUUUGAAGGAAAAAUUAAAGGAUACAUAUCUCAUCAACAUAAAAAAUUAGUCAUCUCUAAACAAAAUCCUUUUCCAAGACUUUCAACUAUACUUUAAUUAUCUUUAGAUUACAUGUAUCUUUCUGUAAGAAAUAAAUUUAAAUUCAAUAAAAUUGAUUUAAUUGAUUUUAGUACCUUCAACAAUUCUAGAUCUAAAUGUAAAUAUCUAUAAUCUGCAUCAUCAUAUAAAUAAAAUCCAAUUUGUUUAUUAUAUUUUAAGAUUACAAAUUAAUAAAAUUUGAAAAUCUAGAAUAUGUACAUAUGUAUGUAUCAUUAGCUCUUUUUGAUCAAUUUAAAUUAGUAUUAAAAUGUUUAAAUUUAAAUGAUCCUAAAUUCCUUAGUGAUGUAAUAUAAUAAAAUGAGAUUUGAUGAAAUAUGUAUAUACAGAGAGAAAAUUCUUCCUGAUAGAAAGCUCUUUUUAUCCUUCUCUUACUUAUGACAAGAAGUGAAUAGAAAAGCUAUGUAUUCGUUUUUCUUAAUUAUUUUUAAUUAUACACACAUUAAUAAUUACAUACAUAUGUAGAUUUCCUGUUGCAGUAAUAAUACUUUUUUAUUUUAAUUUAUAUAUAUUCAACAAAGCAAAAGUGUAUUUGUAUAAAUGAUGUAAAAAUCAAAUUUGUAUUAUUUUUAAUACAAUUUUGUAUGUAAAAAGAUAAAUUUAAAAAUAAGAAAUAUUUUGCGAAAAUUAUAUAUCGAUAUUUUCUUUCAAUUUCAUAUGGAUAUAAAGAAUUUCGACAACUCCACUAAACGAGUAGACAUACAUAUAUAUAUAUAUAUAAUAUAUAAUCAUAAGAUAUUAUUUCUAUACUCAUUACUUCCAUUACUUAGUAAAAAGUUUAAAGUAACCCUUUUUUACAAUUAUUUAUUAGAACUUCGAAUUUCGAAUGAUUAUGAAUCGUAAAAAAUGAUGACUAUUAAUAUUUACGUAUCUGUAUUGAAAUAUAGAUUAUGGAAUGUUAACCUAGAGACUUCCUCAUAUGACAUCUUUCACGUGGCUUUAACAAACCCUAAGCAAUUUUAAAUACUUACGAGAUUGUCUACGUCAUGUAUUGAUUGUUAAAUAGAUAUUAAUUGUUUAAAUAUAUCAAAUACUUGUACCUAUAAUUUACUAAGAAAAUGACGGUAA